GUAUUUUUUAUCUUCCCCAGAUAUCGUCCAUAUUUUCAGGUUUUUCCCCGCUUUUUUUUCUUCCAAGAUACAUUAUGUUUAGAUUAGUUGCUUCAAAGACACCUUUAGCAAAUAUUGCACUUCGUAAUGCUGCUGUCAAAUCAAUUCGUGCACCUGUAGCUACCCAAUUCUAUCGUUUUUACAGUACCCCUGCCGAUACUGAAUACGAUGUUGUCGUUAUUGGUGGUGGCCCUGGAGGUUACCCUGCUGCUAUAAAAGCUGCACAAGAAGGCCUUAAAGUUGCCUGUAUUGAAAAGCGUGGUGCUCUUGGUGGCACAUGUCUUAAUGUUGGUUGUAUUCCUUCAAAAGCCAUGUUAAAUAACUCACAUAUUUAUCAUCAAACACAACACGAUCUCAAAAACCGUGGUAUCGAAGUUAGUGAUGUCAAACUUAACUUGGAUCAAAUGCAUAAGGCUCGUGUUAAGGCCAUUACGGGCACUGGUUCCUUCAAAACAAAUACAGAAAUCAAUGUUGUAGGUCUUGAUGGUACCUCGAAUUCGACUAUUAAGGGCAAAAAUAUCAUUAUUGCUACCGGUUCAGAAGUGACUCCUAUUCCCGGUAUUGAGAUUGAUGAAAAGAAGAUCGUUUCUUCUACAGGUGCUCUUGAAUUAGAAAAGGUUCCUAAGAAGAUGGUUGUGAUUGGUGCUGGUGUCAUUGGCCUUGAAUUAGGUUCUGUUUGGUCUCGUUUGGGUGCCGAUGUUACCGUUGUUGAAUAUUUGGAUGCCAUUGGUGCUGGUAUGGAUCCUGAACUUGCAAAGAAUUUCCACAAGAUUUUACAGAAACAAGGUCUUAAGUUUAAAUUGUCUACAAAGGUAAAUGGUGCUAAAGUAGAAGGUGAUAUUGUCAAGGUUGAUGUGGAAGCUGCUAAAGGUGGUAAAGCUGAAACUCUUGAAGCUGAUGCUGUUUUAGUCUCAAUUGGUCGUCGACCUUAUACUACUGGACUUGGUUUGGAAAAUGUAGGCGUCGAACUUGAUAAUCGUGGUCGUGUUGUGAUUGAUUCUGAAUUCAAGACCAAUGUACCUAAUAUUCGUUGUAUUGGUGAUGUUACCUUUGGACCUAUGUUAGCUCACAAAGCAGAAGAUGAAGGUUUUGCAGUCUCUGAAAUGAUCAGUACCGGUCAUGGCCAUGUCAAUUAUGAUGCUAUUCCUUCUGUUAUUUACACACAUCCUGAGGUUGCUUGGGUUGGUAAGAAUGAGACACAAUUGAAGGAAGAAGGUGUCAAGUACAGAACGGGUUCUUUCCCUUUUUCAGCUAAUUCUCGUGCACGUACUAAUGAUGAUGCAGAUGGUUUAGUUAAAGUUAUUGUAGAUGCUGAUACAGAUCGCAUUUUGGGUGUUCAUAUUAUUGGUCCUAAUGCUGGUGAGAUGAUUGCUGAAGGUGUACUCGCUGUUGAAUAUGGCGCUUCUGCUGAAGAUGUGGGACGUACUUGUCAUGCUCAUCCUACUCUUUCCGAAGCUUUCCGUGAAGCUUGUUUAUUUGCCUCUUUUGGUAAAGCUAUUAACUUUUAAAAGCCCAAAUAUAAGAUCAUCUUUCCCUUUAAAAUCUUCAUUUUCUUUAAUAUUAAAGUACUCUAAUACUAUGUAAAACACCUCUUUGAAAAAAAAAA